CACCACCUUCCCUCAAUUAUCUUCUCAUCAUGACUUAACACCCACUUCCUUUCUUUCUACAAACACACCCUUUUCAUAUCACAAGAUGCGCGCCUCCGGCGUCCUCCUCAGCAUCUUCUGCGGCCCCUGCGUCUGCAUCUACGUCGGCUUCGCAGCAUGCUUCUGUCCCGGGCGCCUGCGCCGCCGCUCAGAGCCAGAGGACAAACGACGCUUCGAGCGACGCCAGCGAAAGGCGCCCCGUCCGCUCGUCGUGCGGAAACGCGCGCUCUCGAUCCCGCUCCCAGAGGAGCCAGAGACGGAAGAGCCGGGCGUACCGUCAUCGCCAGAGGAGCUGAAGCAGACGACCAUAUUCCAAGAGAAGUCGCGGCUGAUGGCGCUCCCGCUGGAACUGCGGGAGAUGAUAUACAAGGCCGUGCUUGGGAACGACGUGAUGCACGUUAUUCACAAGGAGAACAAAUUGGGGCAUUUGCGGUGCAAGGCCAACAGCGAGAAGGCCUGUCCGAAGCGGUGGCAUGGCGUGGGGCCGUGCGCUGAUAGCUGCUGGGGCGUCGUGGAUAGCAGUAAUAUCUGGAUGCCGGUGGAGGAGCCGCAGGGGAGUGAUGGGGAUGUGCUGCCGUUGUUGCAGACGUGUCGGCAGGUGUACUCCGAAGCAUUUCCUCUAUUAUACUCUACGAAUACCUUCUCCUUCAUCGACCUCGAUUGUCUUCGCUACCUCUCCGCUACCAUUCUCCCCUCCCGCUUCAACGCUAUAAAGUCCCUCCGUAUAGAAUGGUACCUUACGUGGCCACUCUACGACGUCUUCGCGCAGCGAAUGCUCUUCAACACUGCCUUAUACCCUCCGCAUGACGAAGCGACGUGGGAGGAUAUAUGGCGGAUAAUCGCCGGCAUGACAGGUCUACAACGAUUACGAGUAGACCUAAAAUACUUCGACGGCUUCAGGGACAACGAGUGUGAGCAGAAGAUGCUCGCACCGCUGCGGCAGGUCAAGGGGUUAAAGGAGUUCGAUGUGUAUCUAGGUUGGAAGGGGAAAGACGUCACUGGGGCGCCAUUCAAGCUUACUCGGCCUGUGAAUACGGUUCCGGAUGAUUCGAGUGAGGAGGAGGACUGGUGAUCUUACCUUCAAAAUACUGGCCAGAGGACGAUUUGCGUGCAAUGUGGGUCUGAUUCGACGUGUUUGGGGGUAGCUGGACUACGUUUCUGGCAUGCUUCGAUUAUGUGUUAUUAUAGUUAUGAGGGCAUGAUUUAUGAGCGAUAGAAGGGUAUGCAAGGGGAAUAAAAAGACGGUAGCCUGUACAUUGGGCUUCAAUCACCAUGCAAAUAUCGGUUCUUUGGUUUGAACACCACAAUAACUACGUCGUCCCCGGAGGACUUUCGACAGGGCUAGAGAAGGAGCAUUGAAAAGAGUGAGCAGUCUUCAAUUUCCUUUCGAAUACAUCAUUCUAUUCCACGCCCAUUGCUAUCAAGCCAGAAUCUCUUCAUCGAUAUAUACACAGAAUCAAAUUACCACAAUAUAUACAAAGUUCCCACUG